GGCGCGGGACACGUUCGUCUGGUCUUCCUCAUCCACCGUAAGCCGCAUCCCCGCGCGGGACCCCCGACCCGGGCCCCGACCCCGAUCCGCGUGUGCAGCAUCUGCGCAGGCGCUCGCUCCGACCCAGUGCACCAUAACUGAGGGAAAAUGAUGGAAGAAAGUGGAAUCGAGACAACUCCGCCUGGAACCCCUCCCCCGCAUCCUGCAGGCUUGGCUGUCGUGCCUUCCACUGAGGCUCACCUAGCUGCAACCAGUUCCUUCUCAUCUCCCAAUGUGUCUGGGAUGGAGUCUUUGCAGCCGCACGCGUAUUCCACGCCUCAGCCCUCCCUGCCCCCUGUGCAGCCAUCAGCGCCACCUCCCUUUGUGCCUUUGUCUUCAGCUCCUUCAGUUCCCCUGAGUGGCACUUCUGUGCCGCCCUCCGCGUCUCCAUCCCUUGCCACUGCCUUCAGCGGCCCUCCAUUGUCCCACUUCCCACCUGUGACCUCCGCCUCUGGUGCUCUUCUGUCUGCACCGCCUUCCGGGCCUCCCAUCUCAGGGUUUUCUGUUGGUACAACUUAUGACAUCACGAGGGGACAUGCCGGGAGAGCUCCCCAGACACCUCUGAUGCCAUCAUUUUCUGCACCUCCGGUUACAGGUAUUUUGCCAGCCCCCAUUACUCAGCAAGCCAGUAUGACAUCUCUGGCACAGGGACCUGGAACUACAUCAGCCAUUACUUUCCCAGAGGAACAGGAAGAUCCUAGAAUUAAUAGAGGCCAGGAUGAAGCACCUGCUGGUGGGAUCUGGGGUUUCAUUAAGGGCGUGGCUGGAAAUCCUAUGGUGAAAUCUGUGCUGGAUAAGACCAAGCAUUCUGUAGAAAGCAUGAUCACGACGCUGGAUCCUGGCAUGGCUCCGUAUAUCAAAUCUGGAGGUGAACUGGAUAUUGUUGUAACCUCCAAUAAAGAAGUGAAAGUGUCUGCUGUCCGAGAUGCCUUCCAGGAGGUCUUUGGCUUGGCUGUGGUCGUUGGGGAAGCUGGACAGUCCAAUAUUGCCCCACAGCCAGUAGGGUAUGCAGCUGGAUUAAAGGGCGCCCAGGAACGCAUCGACAGCCUGCGGAGGUCUGGAGCGAUCCACGAAAAGCAGACGGCGGUGUCGGUAGAGAACUUCAUUGCUGAGCUGCUGCCUGACAAAUGGUUUGACAUUGGCUGCUUGGUGGUUGAGGAUCCUGUACAUGGCAUCCGCCUGGAAGCGUUUACCCAAGCCACACCGGUGCCAUUGGAGUUUGUGCAGCAGGCACAAAGCCUGACUCCCCAGGACUACAACCUGAGGUGGUCAGGCCUUCUGGUAACAGUGGGAGAAGUCCUGGAAAAGAGCUUGCUAAACGUCAGCCGGACUGAUUGGCACCUGGCUUUCACCGGCAUGUCUCGCCGGCAGAUGAUCUACAGUGCAGCCAAGGCUGUGGCGGGCAUGUAUAAGCAGCGGCUGCCACCCAGGCCCAUGUAAGAAAACCAGCUGCUGGGACACAGAGACCUGCCAUCGUCACUGUGGACUCCGUGUCAGAGGAAACUGAAUCGCUUCCGUGAAUCCAACAGUUUUUUCGAUUUUCCUGUAAGCUUCAGUCCUUAAAAAAAUUGUUUUUUAAAAAUAAAGGCACAAUGUCAUUCCAGUAAAACAAAAGAAAUAGA